AUGAAGCCGGUUUGUCGCCUGGUGCGCCGCAAUAAGGCAUUUUGCUUUUCGUCACACACGACGAAACCCGUUGAUUGUUGUUCGACGCCAGCUUUACUACAGAAUCCGAAGCGGGGGCCGGUCAGAGCCAGAACGUUUUUCACGACGACUCGACUGAAAAGCUCUCUCCUCAGGACGUCCCCCAUGCCGAAAUUUUCGAACGCGUUGGAGCUGGUGCAAUCCCUGGCCCAGCCUCCGCCGGAGGAAGUGCUAGAAUCCCGAAACCCGCGGUCCGGCGAGGUAUUGCAAAGCUUCGCGGAAAUGACCGACGGGGAAGUGGACCAGGUUUUGACGGAACUCGCAAAGCCGUUUGCUACUUCGGCUCUUCCGUCAAAUAAAGCAAAAAGCUGGAGCUCCUUCGAAACGCUUCCCCUCCGGUGCAAGCUCGCGGAGCAGGUGGGGCAAAUCUUACUGGAAGAGCAGACUGCCUUGGCGACCCUAAUCCACAACGAGAUGGGGAAAGCCAUGCCGGAAGCGGAGGCGGAAGUGAGGAAGUCGGCCGGUUUAUGCCUGUAUUACGCAAACAACGCAGAGGCGUUCCUCCAGCCGGUCAUCACCGCAGACGCAGCAAGUGAUAUCAAACCGACAAUCCCGGGCGUGAAGAAAAGCUACUACGUUUACGAGCCCCUGGGCGUGAUUUUGUCCGUGAUGCCCUGGAACUUCCCCGUCUGGCAGGUCAUUCGCAUGGCGAUCCCCGUUUUGGUCGGCGGCAACACGGUGGUUUUGAAGCACGCACCGAACGUGCUUGGAUCGGCAUUGAAAUGUGAAGAAAUAUUCGCGAAAGCGGCCGAGCGGGUGUUUGGAGAGGAAGGAAGGCAAGGUAUAAUUGAAGGUUUGUUUCUUGAAGUGGUAAAGCAUGUUGAGUUUGUAGUACGUACACCUAAAUAAACUUACAAAAGCGACUUAAAAACCCCUUUUCACAACACCUCACAGUCCCCUGUAUUUUCCGUGCCCUCCGCUAUGAAUUGCAAAAGUAUCGUACUCGUAUAAAUGCAUUACAAAUUUCCUCAGCGUGAGAAAUAAGAUCUGCAAUGCAGAUUUGCCUUGCGAACAAGAUUUGUAAAUGCAAGACUUGCAUUUAUACGAGUACGAUACUUUUGCACAGGAUAUCCGCGUCCAAGCAGCGAAGACCACCGACAUUUUGUCCCACCCCGUUGUCCGUGGCGUCAGCCUUACUGGCAGCGAGCGCGCGGGGCGCUCGGUCGCGAUGCAGGCGGGUGCGCUGUUGAAGAAAUGCGUGGUGGAGUUGGGCGGGAACGAUGGGUACGUUUUAUUGAAAGACGCGGACAUCGACUGUGCUGUGGACCAGAUCGUCGCCGGUAGACUGGUAAACAACGGUCAAAGCUGCAUCGGGCCCAAACGGAUCAUCUGUGAGGGAGAGACCGUGAAGAAGCAGGUCGAGGAGAAACUUGUCCAGAAGCUCUCCGAGGUUUCCACGACCGCACGGGUCAUGGUCCACAGCAAAGCAAAAGAAGGCGUCGCACUGCAGGUGAAAGAAGCGGUGGAAAAACACGGCGCGAACUGCAUUUACCCGGUGGGUGGGGUGGUCGACAGUACCACUUCUACGGAAGGAGUUGGUAUUUCUGCGUCUUUCGCCGACCCGAUCGUUCUCACAAACGUGCCCGCGCAUUUUGACACGGAAAUCUUCGGUCCCGUGUUCUCUAUCCUCACUGCCGCGGAGAGUGAGCAACAAGCUAUUCAAAUGCACAAUCAGACAAGUUUUGGCCUGGGCGGCGCCGUGUUCAGCAAGAACGAGAAGCACGCGGAGGCGCUCGCGGGGGAAGCGUUGUCGACCGGAAUGUGCUGGGUCAACGCGUUUGUGAAAUCAGACGCCAGCCUGCCGUUCGGUGGCGUGAGAAACAGCGGGCUGGGUAGGGAGUGCGGACCGCACGGCGUCUUGGAGUUUCAAAACAUCAAGACAAUUUGCAUCGCGGAUCAUGUGUGA